AUGUCUCCAAUUAAGGAUGUAAUAAUUAGGGCAAGUGAGGUUGCUCAAGAUGAUGCAGCUUUACAGAUGCAGAUUAUAAGAAAAAUAAUGGAAGAUAUGUAUGGAGGAAAUUGGGGAGUAGUUAUAAUUAAAGAUACUUCACUCAUUUCUGAUAUAAUUCAUUGGACUAUUCCAGAUCUAAAAAAUGAAGAUUCAUCACCUUCUUUUUGUUUACAAGUACAUAAAUUGUGGCAAUAUAAUGUUUUUAGAACAGGAGACAUUGACACUGAAGACAGGGUUCAAAUAGAAGAUGUAAUAAAAGACAUCAAAGAACAUAAAAUUGUUCCUAAAAAAAUUAUGUCAUCUGAUUUUGAUAAAAAAUUAACAACAGAACUAGGAAAAAAAUGGCUUCUUCGAUUAUCUGAAACUCGUUAA